AUGGGCAAGGAGAUCAGCUGGAAGGAAGUGACCGAAAUAAGUCAAGAGGCAGUCCAUCGUCAACUGAACGAGUUGAAUUCGAAGAUCUCGAGCGCUAAAAUUGCCAUUAAAGGUUCUGCCAACAGUUUCAUGAAGUCCGGCUGUAGCGGUUCCAUUGAGGAGUUGAAAGAGAAGAUCUUCUGCUGUGAGCGGCGAAUUAACCGCGACUUCCUACGGCCAAGCUUUUUCGUUGGGGAGAAGAAAUGUCUAGCCUACACAAUGGAAAUGAGUGGCGAAAAUCUAAAAAAAGAGGAUGACGAAGAUGACCGGGAUGACGCGGAAAAAGAUGAAGAAGAUUCGGAGCGAGAUGAACUGGAAAACAGCCAGAUGAUCGAACGUUGGCGAGCGUACGUGGAAUCGGCAGAGACACCAGCCAAGCUGUCGCUUGCCAUACAGAUGCUCAGCUCUUCAAUAGCAUGGGAACUGGCUCCCACGCUGCGGCUCUGUCAGAUCUGUCGAAAGCGGUGCGAUCAGCCGUCAGCGCUGCGAUGUACAGCCUGUCGUCUGGUUUACCAUCAAAGUUGUUGCAAGUCACCUCCGUCACGCGAAUGGUUCUGUCCAGCGUGUGUUGAGACGUCGACACAAGUGCCAACAUGCCUCGUUUGUUCUCAGCAACAUGACUAUUUGACGUCCUGUCGGUUAGUGCUUUAA